AUGAACAAUCAAUAACAAAAUACUUAAGCUCAGGGAUCAAUAUAGCAAAUCAAUUCUAAUUAGUAAAAUUAAAAGACUGAACCAAUCAAAUUGAAGCAAAAAUAACACGAUUAUAGUCAAGGAAAUAGGUAUUAAGUAAAUUGUAUUUAAAGGACGUGUAUGGCAACAGGAAGAAAUGGAAUCGAUUUCUAUAUCUUAGCCAAAAUUGUGUAAAAAGAGCAUUCCGAGAUAAUUUUAUCUGCUAUUGAAGAAUAGUUUUGA